AUGGAAGAACAAAUUCUUUCACCAAGUACUUCAAUAGUGGAAUUGGAGCAUCAGGAGAGGACAAAAAGGACUUUCUCUGAAUGGAUUAGUGCCAUGGAAGCAAGUUCAAAGCAGAAAUCAAAGGAACAAAAUCUGGGUAUGCAUCGAACCCUUGUUCUUCAGGUAAACUCUGUUUCACAUAAUCUGCAAUCUGAUUUUGAUGCGUCAAAUAUGCAUGCAAUUGAUGAUGAUGAAGUGAAAACUAAAUGCCCUGAAUGUGUUAAAAUUGAUUUAGAGGACAUACAGGAUGAAAUUGAUUUCUGGAAUUCUGCAAUUGUAGUAUAUGUAUGUGGUGCUAAUCCCCCAUUAACUGUAAUGGACGGAUUCUUUAGAAGGAUAUGGAGGAAUUUGGGGAUAGAUAAAGUGGCUUUGAGGGAGAAGGGUAUUUUUAUGGUACAAUUUAGAACCAUGAAAAACAGAGACAGAGUAUUGGCUGGACCCAAAAUCUUCUUUGAUAAGAAACCCAUAUUCAUGAAAGCCUGGACUCAAGAUAUUGAGAUUUCAAAGGAAGAAUUUAGAAUUGUUCCAACUUGGGUUCAAUUAUGGGGUUUAGUUGUGAAGUAUUGGGGGGAAAAAUCUCUCAAGAAGAUUGCGGGGAGUUUGGGAAACCUAGUGAAAAUGGAUGCUUCUACUGAAAAGAGGGAGAAAUUGCAAUAUGCUAGAGUCCUAUUGGAGGUAGGGAUUGAUCAACAUUUUCCGGAUAUGAUUGAGUUUGUUAAUGAAAAAGAUGUGAAAGUGUCUAUAUAUUUGAAGUAUGACUGGAAGCCAGUUGUUUGUAUCACUUGCAAGAAAAUGGGGCAUGUGGCUUCUGAUUGUAUGAAAGGGAAGCAGAGAAUGUGGGUUCCAAAGAAGAAACAAGAACAGCAGGGACCUAAGAUUAACUCCAAUGUUGUGAUAGGCAAGGAGAAGGUAACCCCAAAUGAGGAUGGGUUUCAGAUGGUGACUAGAUCUGCAUCCUAA